UAGUGUGACAUUUGCCGUUAAAAUUAUCAUCAGAAUUGUAAGCAAAAUGAAUUAUCUAACGUUAACCUUGCUUGGAAUGCUCCUCGUGCUCCAGUCAUGCUUUGCUAUACCUACGGCAGAUGCUGAAUCGCCUGCCGCUCACCAUGAGUUUAAUACAGACCACAAAUUAUACAAGUCUGUUAUUAAAACCCUUAUUGAAAUUGCAAUUCCCUUGAGCGGGCGAUAUAGCGACGUAUUAGAAAAAGUUGUAGAGGAUUUGAAAGCUCACGAAGAAGCGCCUAAAUAUGCGCAUCAAAUACAACAUUUGGAAAAUCUUAUUAAGGGCAUCAAACAUAUUAAAGCCGAUAGUGAUGAGGAAAUUUUGCAAAACAUCUUAGACCUUAAGGAUGAAAUGUCCGGUGCUCAGGAGCCAAGCAACGAAUCGUCGAAUCCUCAUCUGGUCCAUGACUUAUUUGAAAAAGAUGGCGGCAAGGAGUUGGCUGAGGAGAUCCAUAAGGAUUUCGUUGAAUUCUUUGAUGGUUUCGAUGACGCUGUCGAAAAAUAUGCUGAAGAUAUGAGUGAAAAGGAGAAACGCGAUCACAACGACUUUUUAAAAUGGUUCAAGGAGUUCAAGGAAGCGGAUUGCUUCGGGAAGCGAUUGGACAAGUUCUUCGAAUUUUUUAUGUUUUUCCAUUACAGAUAAUAAGAACAAACGAUAUUGUUUGCAUGUAACCAAAAUGUUACAGCGUUAUAUAUAAUAAAUAU